AUGUUCAAGUUACUCGUUACUCUUUGUUUGCUUCCAGUUUUGGGGCUGGCGCACUCUCUCCCAGCCAAGACAAUCGGACAAUUAUCUCUCGGCACUUGGCUCGAGAAUAUUGCUGUCCGCUCCAAUGGCGACUUAUUGGCCACAGAGCUCUGGCCCACAGCCAGUGUCUACACUGUCACUGAUCCAUCAUCCUGUAAUGGGGGAUUGGAAGAACUGAUCACAAUUCCGUCAAUCCAAGGCAUUCUGGGUAUCACCGAGCUACCUCCGAUUCCAGGCAAGCCAGAGACAUUUGUCUUUGUCGGCAGCAACGCAACGGGACUCAGCCAGUUAACCCCAGGCACAUUCAAAGCCUUUGCCUUGGAGUUUCACCACAAGAAGAACCAAGCCAAAAUAAAAGUCAAGAAGAUCAGCGACAUGACAGAGAGAAGCACUUUCCUUAAUGGGGUAGAGGCAAUCCCGGGAGCCCCCAACGCAGUGCUUGUCUCUGAUUCGGUAAAGGGGUUCGUCGGCCGCCUCGAUAUUUCAACAGGCGUUUUUGAUGACACCGCCUUUGUAUUUGAAGAAAUGGCUCCUAUCGCUGCUAAUGCAUUUGGCAUAAACGGCAUCAAGAUACGCCAUAACUACCUCUAUUUUUCAAACUCUAAUGCUGUCAAGAUCUACCGAACGGCCAUCACAGAAUCUGGAUUUCCAGUCAAGGGGUCCAAGCCACAGCUUGUUGUCGACCUAUCCAAUAUCGUGGAAUUCCUCGACGACUUUACAUUUGACUCGCAAGGGAACAUCUAUGCUGUGAGUAACUCGGAUAACUCUAUUGUGUUCUUUAAUGUCAAAUCUGGGAAGUCGCGAAUUGUGGUUGGUGGUGUCAAUGAAAUGACAGUUGCUGGAUCAACUGCUGUGGCAUUUGGCCGUACGAAGAAAGAUAGGAAUACUUUUUACGUUUCAACUGGCGGUGGACUGUUCAAGCCUGUAGGCGGAACAAAGACAGAAGGAGCCAAAGUCGUCGCGGUGAAGGUUUAG